GGCCUUCCUUUAGAUCGGACCUCUGGGCCGCCACGCGUUGCCCAGAGCUGCUCCUGGAAAGACUGCCUGCGAUGGAGGGGGCCGCUCUCUUCUGCCACCCGCUCUGGUUCAUCUGCUCCUUGGCCCUCCUGGCGCUGCUGUGGAUACGAAGAAGAAAGAGCUGGAGUCCGGAUGCUUGUCCUGUAGACCUGAGUGGCAAGACGGCCAUUGUCACUGGAGCCAGCAGUGGAAUUGGCAAGGCCGUCGCUCUUGACCUGGCACGCAAGAACGCACGCACCAUCCUGGCCUGCCGCUGCAGCAAGAAAGGCCAGGCUGCGGUGGAGGAGAUCCGCAGAGCCACGGGGAACCCCCACGUGCAGCUCCGUCUGCUGGACGUCAGUUCCAUGGCCUCCGUCCGUGACUUUGCCAGGAGGUUUCUGGAGGAAGGGAGCCAGCUGCACAUCCUGGUGAACAAUGCGGGCGUCACAGGCCUGCCAUUUGCCGUCACGACUGAGGGCCUGGAGCUCACGUUUGCCACCAAUGUCUCGGGUGCCUUCCUCCUCACCAACCUGCUGCUUGGUACCAUGGUGGCCUCGGCUCCUGCUCGCAUUGUCAACGUCUCUUCCUUCCGGCACUUCUGUGUCAGGAAGGUGGACCUGAAGUGGCUGACGGGGGAGGAGCUGCCCAAAAAUGCCAGCCAGGCCUACGACUGCACCAAGCUCAUGAACGUCCUCUUCACCACGGAGCUGGCUCGGAGGCUGCAGGGCACCGGUGUGUCGGCCAAUGUGCUGAGCCCAGGAAUCGUCCGGACGGAGAUCCUGCGCCAUUAUGGCCGGGCCAGCCGCCUGCUCUACUGGCUCUGCAGCCCCUUCAUGAUGAACCCCCAAAGGGGAGCCACCAGCACUCUCUACUGCGCAGUCGCCCCAGAAGUGGAGGGGAUUUCAGGCAAGUAUUUUGACAGCAACUGCAGACUGGUGCUGCCUCAAACCCUCGCGCACGAGCCAGGCCUUGGCCAGAGACUGUGGGAUGCGCUGGAGAAGGCCACGGGCCUCAAGACAGACGGAAGCCAGCAGGCGUUCCCUGUGCAAAGGGAACGUUAGGGGGCUUCUCCCUCAUUUCUGGCCAAGAGAGUCGAAAAGCUGCCCUUCAGCAACAUGGAUCUUCUGACUCCCCUUCCAAGAACUCUUCCCUGCAAAGCUGCCAAGCCCUUUAACUGUGAGCCACGGCCAGAAAAGCUAAAUUCACCUUGGAUUUUUUCUCCUGCUGUGAAUGGAGGCCCUUGAGGACUGCUGGGGCUCCUCCAGCCCUCUGUUGGAGUUGGUGGGGCCGGGGUCUGCUCUGAAUCUCCUUUUCCCAGGCUGUUUGCCUGACGGACCGAGUUUCUGCAUUUCCUGAUGGUUUUUGUCUGGAGUCCAGGCUCCUCUUGGCUCUUCUCCCCAGCGAUGCCUUUGCAACCUGUCGAGCUUCCCCUGCUGCCCUAGUUCUGCUGUGGGGCUUAUAAAAAGUCCAUCCAUAGAAAACAAAGAAAAUUAAAGUGAAAAAAAGUUCCAAUUGUAAAAACAUAAAUCGCCAAUUCAGGUUAUCAAAUGCUUUCUGGGCAUCUAAGAUCAAAGCCAUUUGUUUUUCAGGGUGAGCCUCGUAAGGCUCCAAUGUAUUCAGAAUUAUUCUCAUAUUAACUUUAUCUUUUUGGUAGAAACCCAUUUUGGUUAGGAUGAAUAAAACCAUUUAAAUAUUUUUAAGUCUUUCCGCUAGUAUUGAAGCAAAUGACUUAUAAUCUGAAUUCAACAAGGAGAUGGGUCUAUAGUUCUUAAUUUAUGAUAGAUCAGCCUCCUCUUUGGGUAGGAGAGUAAUAUAUGCCUCUGACCAUGAUUUGGGUAUCCUACACUCUGACAUCACCUCGUUCAUAACUUCCAGUAGAGGAAGGGACAAUAAAUAUUGAAAAGUCUUAUAGAAUUCUGCAGGCAGCCCAUCCGGGCCUGGAAAUUUACCAUUAUUUUGUUUUUUGAGUGCUUCAGUUAAUUCCAUCAUAGUUAUUCUACUUUCUAAUCUUGUCUCCAUUUUUUUAGAUAUCUGAGGAAAGUUGGUUUCUUGUAGGUAUUGUUUAGCUCCUCCCUCUUCUAGCUUCUCUUGUUCAUACAGCUGACCAUAGUCAUCUUCUAUAAUUUUCUUCUUCCCAGCAAUUCCAUAACAAAUUUGCCCUUGAUUAUCUUUUAGUCGCAAUAUUUUCUUUGAUUCUCUCACUUUUUUCCAUUUGUAUGCCAACCAUCUGCCUGGUUUAUUGGCAUUUUCAAAAUAAUUCUGUUUAGCACCUCUAUUUUUUGUGCUAAUUCAUCCUUUUCCAAUAGAUCCAUUUUGUGCUUAUUUAUAUCGAUUUUUCUUUUAAUAUCCUUUUUUUGUGGAGACUUCUGUAACUCUUUUUCAAGGGCCCUGUAAUUAUUCUCAUUGUCUUUUCUUUAUGUUUCUCUUUCUUGUAUCGUCUAUUAUCAAACCUCUAGUAUAAGCCUUCAUUGUAUCCCAGAGGUUCUGCAUCGACGUAUCUUCCUUUCUAUUUUCUUUAAAGAAAAAAGCCAGUUCUUUUUCCAUUUUCUGAACAAAGUCCUUCUCUUUUAAUAUUGUAUUAUUUAAUGUCCAUCUGCAUCUCUUUCUUUGUCCUUUCCAUUUAAUUAUGAUUGGAUUGUGAUCUGCCUAAGUACUUGUUUCAAUUUCAAGUUCCUGCAUAUUACAACUCAGUUCCAUUGUAGCCCACAUCAUGUCAAUUCUGGAGUAUGAUAAGUGUGUAUUUGAAUAGAAAGUGUAUUGUUUUUUUUGUAGGAUUUCUUUCUCUCCAAACAUCUUUUAAGGUUCAUUUCAUCUGUCAUUUUAAAAGAGGCUUUAGGUAGUGGUUUUCUAUUUAUCUUUGUAACUUUUUCUGUUGUAUAGUCCAAAUUUUGAUCUACAAUUCCAUUAAAAUCUCCCAUCAUGCAAAUAUCAGCAUAGUCCAAUUCAAUUAUUUUCCUAUGUACUUUUCUAUAAAAUUCAUCUUGUUUAUUGUUAGGGGCAUAUUUUGCAAUCAAAAGUAUUUCCUUCGAAUUGUCCAUAAUUUCCACCAUCAAGAUUCUUCCCUCAUCGUCUGCAUAAAUUUGUUUUGCUGGAAUUGUAUCUUUUCUUACAGCUUGCCAAUGCUGUGAAUAUUUUCCCCAAUUUUGGUUGCACCAAUAAAUGUUCAUGCUGUUUUUGAAUAUGUACUUCUUGUAAGCAGAUUAUAUCCAAUUUUAAUUUUUCUAAUUUAUGAAAUAUUCUUUUAAUUGCUGAAUUGUCCAUUUAUGUUAAUUGAGAUCAUUUCUUCUCUUCCAUAUCUAUAUUUUAUAAUUAGGAUUUAUAGCUCUACUUUAUCUCAGUUCUUGUUGUUCUCUAAUGUCGACACCACCUAUAGCUCCCUCCUCUGUUUGGAUCCUACCUACAGCGCCUUCAUGCUCCUCCUAAGCACGAUACAGAUAUCACAACAGGUACACAACCUGUGGAUGGAACACAUGCACAUGGCCAUCUGGUUCAUGCACCUGAUGGUGGAAGGGAACAUGAACAUGCAGAAUCAUCUAUAGGGGGACAAGAGCCACAUGUUGUUAUAUAGCCAGGUGCACAUCCUGUAAAAUGGCCUAUACCACCAGUGAAUAUUACCAGUGUGGUAGGAGGGCGGGGAGAUGCAUGCUUAUGCUUGGCCAUCACGCUCAUGCCUUGGAUGAGAGUGCAUCAAUGAACCUUCAUCAGCGAUAGCUGCUUUAGCUGAUGAUAUGGGUGUGUGACCAGACCGGAGUGACAAUUGAUUAGGACUUUGAGAAACUUUGUGUGUAAAGGUUGGAGGUCAUUUCAGCUAAAUUCAGGUAAGCCGGAUGCUUUGCACAAUAUAACUAUACAUUGAAUCCAUGUCACUGAAAGCUCUGCUUAUGAUGCAAGAGAUUGAGAAUUAAUUCACCUGAAGUUACCCAAAUAACUGUCCUUAUUGGAGAGAGGGUGAAUUGAGAGAAUAAGGCCAGAACCUUGAAUUAUUUGGGUAAAUUAGAUGAGGUUAUUUGAGGAACCUGAUAGACUCAAUCUUGAAUAUCUGACUAGCCAGCAAGCUUGUCUGGAAAAUCACAGCCUGGGAUGAAAUCCUAGGGUCAGCCUGACCUGCUCAGAAAUGGAAACUCCUUUUGUAACAGGGAGUCACAGUUUUGCAGGAAGCCGGUAAUGACCUUGUUGCUUAGGGCUGGGAAAGCAAGGUCCUGUGGGGCUUCUGGGCACGUCUGCUUUCGGAACAUUUGGGGAAUUUCCAUGCACUUUGCGCUUGUAUCUUGUGCACGCAAUUGUAUUUUCUGUACCCACGUUAUGACGCACAUGGUACGUCAUUUUGUGUAUUUAAGGUGCGCCUGUGCACCUUGUAGGGAUGCUCAUUUGCUUGGGAAUCUACCUGCGCAGGUGUAAUAAAAUAGCUGCUUUCGGUU